AUGGACGACGGAAACACAGAAGUACCAGAUCAACUCAUCGAGGAUAUUUUCCUGGAAAGGAAGACUAUUCAUGCCGAUGAUGCUGUUGAUUACGAGGAUAUCGACGAGUUGGCUGAGGAAGAGAAUGUUUCUGACAACGACCAGUUUGCAAUGUAUGAUGAUUUCAAAGUCGAAUCGCCACAGGAUAUAGAACUAAGUGGGAUCUUUGAUGAUCAAGAGGAGAAGCAAAACAUAGAACAGAAGGUACGAGCAGAGAUUGCCAAGAUGGAGAGAAGGCGGGUAAAGCGAAAUAUUAGCUUUGGCAAGUCAGUGGAAAAUGUGACUGAGAUUACGCAACAGGAUUUCGAUUUCAUCAAAGCGAUACAACAAAAGACUAAUGUCAAGCAGCUUGAUUAUGUGAAGCGAGAUUGGCUAGAUGAUGACAAGUUUAAAGACUUUUCAAAAGAUUUGAUAUUGUCGACAGCCGAUUGGGACGACGAUGCAAUAAUCAAUGGUGACUACACAGCCAAACCUAUUAAAGAAUUGGAGCUGAAUGACGAGUUUGAAGACUUUGAAAUCGAUGAAUUGAAGCUAGAUAUGAACGAUCCUAAUCUAUUACUAGUUCCACAAGAAAAUAAACCAAAGCACUCCAUUGCAGAUAAGUUUAACUUGUCCAACGACAACGAGUAUGAACUUUUGCGAAGAAAUUACAAUACAAAGCAAAGAUCACACUUGAGUAACUUAAGCAUUGAGCAUUCUGUUCCGGCAAUGCGAUUGCAAUCUCCAUACUACAAGGUUAGACUUUCCAAAGCAGAAGCAAGGGCCUUCCAUCGCCCUGUGUUCCAUGUACGUCCUGGUACUUUAAUGAGCUUUUCAAAAUUGAGAUCACGCAAAAAGAAGAAAGACAAAGGAAAAUCCUUGCACGAAGUAUUUGCCAAAACGACUGAUUUGACCGUUGCUGACACUGCAAACAUGAUCACGUUAGAAUACGCCGAGCAGUAUCCUUCAAUAUUAUCCAAUUUUGGAAUGGGAUCGAAAUUGAUCAACUACUACCGGAAAAAGCGUCCAGAUGACACGUCACGCCCAAAAGCUCAAUUUGGAGAAACGCACGUUUUAGGUGUAGAAGAUCGAUCACCUUUCUGGAACUUUGGAGAAGUUUUACCUGGUGAGCUUGUGCCUACGUUGUACAAUAACAUGGUGAGGGCUCCCAUAUUCAAAAACGAACCAAGAAACACUGAUUUUCUUUUAAUACGAUCACAAGGAGCAGGCUCGCAUCAAAAGUAUUAUCUCCGCCCCAUGAAUGUUAAUUUUGCAGUGGGGAACGUAUUCCCAGUUGAGAUACCAGCCCCUCAUUCUCGGAAAGUGACAAAUAUAUCCAAGAAUCGAUUGAAGAUGAUUGUUUACAGAGUCAUGAAUUCCAAAGGUGCGCCUCGCAUUUCAGUUAAAGAUGUUUCCAAACAUUUUCCCGAGCAAACGGAUAUGCAAAAUAGACAACGUUUGAAGGAGUUUAUGGAGUAUCAAAGACAAGGUGAUGAUCAAGGGUUUUGGAAAGUUCGAGGCAUGAAUGAUGUGAUCCCGUCAGAGGAGGAUAUACGGAGCAUGAUCACACCGGAGGAUGCUUCGUUGAUGGACGCAAUGCAAUUUGGUCAACAGGCUUUGGAGGAUUUGGCAACUUUGUUUGGCGAUGAGCUUGUGAAGAAACCCGAGGAGAGUACCGAUGCAGAGUCCAAGGGGGAGAAGGAGAAGGAGAAGGAGAAGGAGAAGGAAAAAAAGAAAAAUAAAGAACAGGAUGACCUUGAAGUUGAGGAAGAGAUGGCGCCUUGGAACUUGUCGAGGAAUUUCGUUGUUGCCAACCAGACCAAGGCCAUGUUACAGUUGAAUGGAGAAGGAGAUCCCUCAGGUAUUGGAUUGGGGUACUCAAUGUUGCGCGCUACUCAGAAAACUCCGUUUAAACCCUUGUUCCCACCGCCGCCUGAGAUUGUACCCAAAAGUAACGCUGCCGCACACAAUCAGAAAUUGUACGAGCAGGAAAUUAAGAGAAUUUGGUAUUCGCAAAGAAAAUCAUUGGUGGAGGGAACCUAUGACGAGUACAAGCCUGCAGAUCAUGAUCAGUAUUUUGUUAACAAGUUGGAGCAAGAUGCCAAGGAAAAAGAACAGCAGAAAGGGUUGCAAGAAGAACAGGUUUUGCGCAUUACGAGAAGAGUCCGUGAUCGGAAUGGGGUCGUGCAGCGGAAAGUGGAGACUAUCACGGAUCCGAGAUUGAUCAGAGCUUACAUCAAACGCAAGAAACUACUUGAAGAUGAAUUGUUGAAGAAUGCCGAUGUUGAUGAGAUCUUGCCCACAAACGAUGCCGAGUUGAAUAAGCUUCGUCGAAAGGCAUUGGAGGAGAAACUUGCCAAUUUGGAGAAAAGGGCAAAACAGAGCAGAGCGAAAAAGCCUGCCAAUGAUGCGAUACAUGCGGCAGCAGCAGCAGGUGCAACGAUUAUUGACGCAAACACCGUCAUGUUGCCUGAUGGGUCUUAUGUUAUUGGUGGUUCAAUGGGUUUGGAAAAGCAGGCUGAUAUCGUUACCACGGAGAGUGGCGACAGUUUGGAGCCGUCAUCUCGCUUGCAACGUUUCAUUGACUCUUUUAAACCGAUAAAUCUAGAAGAGGAAGAGGAGGUGGAGGAGAAUGGUAUAGACGUUUCCAACUUGACUCCCAUGGAGAGGUCCAUCAUUGCCUCAGCUAAGCACCCCUUGGCCAGACGAUUGAAAUCAAGACAUUUGCAGAUGAUUGCCAUUGGUGGGAGUAUAGGUACUGGAUUGUUUGUAGGGAGUGGGUAUGCGUUAGCCAAUGGUGGUCCUGCUGCAGUUCUUAUCGGAUACGUCAUUGUGGGAUAUGCUCUCUUGACUGUUGUGAAUGCGCUUGGUGAGUUGUCGGUGCAGUUCCCCGUGAGUGGUUCAUUUAACUCAUUCUUUACUAGAUUUGUUGACCCAUCAUGGGGGUUUUGCCUUGCAUUGAUGUAUUAUGUCAGUUGGGCGAUUUCAUAUCCUUCGGAGAUUAUCGCGGCGGCAAUGACGAUUCAGUAUUGGAACACUUCUAUUAACCCUGCAGUUUGGGUGGCAAUCAUAUGGGUGGUGAUUUCAUCAAUCAAUUUGUUUGGCGUUAAGGGAUAUGGGGAAGUGGAGUUUGUCUUGUCAAUUAUCAAAGUAUUGGCAGUGGUUGGGUUUUUGAUUUUGGGUAUUUGCAUAACAUGUGGAGUGGGAGAUCAGGGGUAUAUUGGAGGAAGAUACUGGCAUCAUCCAGGUGCUUUCAACCACGGUUUCAAAGGAGUAUGUUCAGUGUUUAUUAGUGCUGCUUUUUCAUUUGGUGGUAUAGAAUUGGUUGCGUUGGCAGCUGCCGAAACGGAGAACCCACGGAAAUCACUUCCAAAGGCAACCAAGCAAGUGUUUUGGAGAGUAACGAUUUUCUACUUGUUGACUUCGAUUGUGAUUGGAUGUUUGGUUCCAUAUACAAAUUCCGACUUAUUGGAUGGUGAAGGUAUUGCUGCUUCGCCAUUUGUCAUUGCUAUCAACCAAGGUGGGAUCAAGGUUGUGCCACACAUUAUGAAUGCAGUUAUCAUUGUUGCAGUGGUUUCAGUGGGGAACUCGUCUGUGUAUGGAGCCUCACGUACGAUGGCUUCUUUAGCAGCACAAGGGUUGAUCCCGGAAGUGUUUGGGUAUAUCGACAGACAAGGUAGACCUCUAGUUGCCAUUGGCAUAACCUCACUCAUUGGAUUGCUUGGAUUCCUCGUUGUUAAUGAAAACGAAGGUGCUGUUUUCACGUGGUUUUUUUCAAUUUGUUCAUUGGCCUCCUUCUUCAUUUGGGGGUUUAUCAAUUUGACGCAUUUGAGAUGGAGGUGGGCUUUGCAUGCUCAAGGUAGAUCCAAAGAUGAAAUUAUAUUCAAAUCUCCCUUGGGCGUAUUUGGAUCAUGGACAGGAUUGGCGUUGUUGGUAUUCAUCGUUGCCGUACAGAUCUGGGCGAGUGUUUAUCCCAUUGGUGGAACUGGGGCUGAUGUAGUUACAUUUUGGCAAAAUUGCUUGUCAUUACCGCUAAUCAUUGUCAUAUUUGUUGUUCACAAGACAUAUCACAAGACAUGGAAUCACUUGUGGGUGAAGUUGGAUCGUAUAGACUUGGAUACUGGAAGACGAGAGAUUGAUGUUGAGGUAUUGAAGCAAGAAAUAGCUGACGAGAAGCGGGAUUUAGCCGAAUCUCCACUCUGGUAUAGAUUGUAUAGAUUCUUUUGUUAA